AACUAUUCAAAUUACUUUUCUUUUAGACAAAAUGAAAACUUUCCUGAUUGCUGCUGCCUGCUUCGCUGUGGCCGUUGCUGGCCCCACGCGCUUUGUUAUUCCCGGUGGCGCUGGACCUGCUCCCGUCAUCGAAUACGAACCUAUCUCUGUCGGACCCGCCAUUGUUGACACCGAGCCCAUCUCCGUCGGACCUGCUAUCGUCGAAGGCGAAUACGAGCCCAUCCAUGUUGGACCCGCAAUCGUCGAAGGCGAAUAUGAGCCCAUCCAUGUUGGACCCGCAAUCGUCGAAGGCGAAUACGAGCCCAUCCAUGUUGGACCCGCAAUCGUCGAAGGCGAAUACGAGCCCAUCCAUGUUGGACCCGCAAUCAUCGAAGAGGUCGCACCUGUGAGCUCUCCUCUUGUUCAGAUCAUCAUCAACGUCAAGCCCGGUUCUGAAAACCUUGUGUCUGUUGACCCUACACCCGUCAUCGUGCCCGAGGUUGAGCCCACACCCGUGAUCGUCGUCGAAAAUCCUGAGGUUCCCGACCCCGUCAUCGUCGCUCCCGUCAUUAUCCCCGAGCCCGUCAUUACCCUCCCUGACAUCCUCAACUAAG